ACAUUUAUUUGAGGAGAAAGGCGGUGUUUGGCUAUAUAUUUAGUUUAGCCCUAAAUCCUAAUCCCUUGACAACUAGGGUUUCCUACUUCCUCUAUAUAUACGUCAUCUCUUUCCGUUCCUCCUCAACCACUCGCUCUCCUACGGAAAUUCCUUACCUUUCUUCCAUUCUCUCUCCUGCUCGCUUCUCUCUCUAUUUUCCUCUCUUCUCAGCAUAACUAAGGGCUUUGGCUUGUGGACUUGCAGUAAUUGCAGUCAGCAAAAGUGGAGUGUCUCAAGUCAGAAACUUCUUUUAUGUCUGAGCAGGCCUCUCUCUUUUUAUUAUCAAUUGGGUUGCUUGGAGAGUACUGUCCUUCACAGAGGAAAAAGGAUAGAAAUUCUGCACCUCUAGUUGGCUGCAUGCAUCUCAAGUCACACCAAGGUCAUAUCAUAAGUAGUCAAGACUGCCAGUUUUCGGGUCCUGCUCCUUUUCUGUGGAAUUCCUACGAUUUUGAAGGAGACACCUCACUUCCCUACUGAUAUUGUUACUUUCACUUCCUGCAAAAUGGCUUUGCAAAACAUUGGUGCUGGGAACAAGGAUGAUGCCUUCUAUAGGUAUAAGAUGCCCAGGAUGAUCACAAAAAUUGAGGGCCGUGGUAAUGGCAUCAAGACCAACAUAGUCAAUAUGGUUGACAUUGCAAAGGCUUUGGGUAGGCCGGCCUCUUACACAACCAAGUACUUUGGCUGUGAGCUGGGAGCUCAAUCCAAGUUUGAUGAGAAGACUGGAACUUCCCAUGUCAAUGGAUCUCAUGAUACUUCAAAGCUUGCUGGACUUCUUGAGAACUUCAUCAAGAAAUUUGUUCAGUGUUAUGGCUGUGGGAACCCUGAAACUGAAAUUAUCAUCACUAAGUCACAGAUGAUCAACCUCAAAUGUGCUGCUUGCGGUUUUAUAUCAGAGGUUGAUAUGAGGGACAAGCUCACAACAUUCAUCAUCAAGAACCCUCCCGAGGCCAAGAAAGGAGGGAAGGACAAGAAAUUGAGGAGGGCUGAGAAAGAGCGACUCAAGGAAGGAGAGGCAGCUGAUGAAGAGCUGAAGAAGCAAAAGAAAGAGGCUGCAAAGAAGAAGGCAUCAUCUGGUAGUUCCAAGGAUGCUGUAUCGAAAUCUUCCAAGAAGAAAUCCCACAACUCUGAUGAGGACCAUUCUCCAGCUGGUAGCCUAAAGGAUGAUCGUGAAGCGGCGGAGGACAGUGAUGAUGACGUCGAGUGGCAGACUGACACUUCUUCUGUGGCUGCACAACAAACGAUCCAAGAACAGCUGAAUGCCGUUACUGCUAGUAUGGUCAUGCUGUCAGCCAAUGAGGAGAAGCAAAAGUCAGGUAAGGGCUCCCCUGCAAGGGAAGGGAAAUCCAAAGGUAAUGGAGAGACAAAUGGGAAAGCUGCAUCUGACAAUAAAGAUGAGCUCUUUGUCUUGAUAAAGGAGUAUGUGAGCAGGGGUUCCUCCGCAGCCCAACUCAAAUCAUUCCUUGAGUCUCUCUCCGGCUCUCGCCAGCAGCUCGUGAAUGCUUACUUUGAAGCCCUAUUUGAGGGAGCUGGAAAAGGGUUUUCCAAAGAGGUCGUGAAGAAGAAGAACUAUAUCAUUGCUGCACUCCAGGAUGAGGACUCACAGCGCCAUCUGCUUCUCGCCAUUGAAGCCUUCUCUGGGAAAGCAUCCCCUGAGGCUGUGAAGGAGGUCGCUCUGGUCUUGAAGGCGUUGUACGACAGCGAUGUGCUGGAGGAGGAGUUCAUUGUGGAAUGGUUCGGGAAGGGUGUGACGGGUGCAAAUAAAAGCUCCCCAAUCUGGAAGAAUGUCAAACCAUUCGUGGAGUGGCUGCAGAACGCAGAAUCUGAAUCUGAAGAAGAGUAACACUUUCAGAAAACUUUAUUUCCUUGCAUUUUCUACAAUACAAUUUCCCUAUAUAUAUAUAUGUGUGUUCUAGUUGUGUGGUGCUGUAACAGCAUGGUUCUCCAACAAUGCUGUUGCAUAGUCAGUUGUCAAUAAAUGCUGGUGGCUGGUGUGGUUAUUUCUAUUGUGGAGUGGUUCAAGUUUUUUUUGUCGGUUUUGAGUCUUGGAAGAGAUCUUUCUUGUUCUAAGAAACUCUUCUUCAGUGUUUCUUUUGUUGCGUUUCGUUUGCUAUUAUUACUAAUGACAUUUUUCUUGAUUUA